AUGCAAUCUGAAAAGCGUUUAGGCGGCAUAAGCAACACUGGAAUACAUGAGGAAAAGUAUAAGAGAUUUUUGCAAGCAUUGACUGAUACAAUCCAAGAAGAUAAAGAUGGGGAAUAUGAAAUGAUAUCUAAGAAGAUAGACAGAAGAUUAGAUUAAAAGGGGAAGCUUACACAAGAAGUUAUGGAAGAGCUCCUUGAAUUUAAAGAAUAAACUCUUUGGGAACUAGAGGAGUAAAUUCAAAAUGCUAGAUAACCAUCGGAGGAUUUGUUUGGAAUAAAGAGAAGAUUCUGUACUGUAUGCGAGAAAGGUUGCAUCGGAUAUGAACCAACUAACAUGGUUGUUCCAAGUGAAAAAGUUCAUGAAUUCCCAACUUUCUGCAAGAAUUGCCAUUGCCCAGCAUAUUUCCAUAAAGUGUGCAUAGAUCCAAUAAAAGAUGUCUAAUUUCCUCCAGAACUCUCUGAAACCAUAAAAAACUAUAACAUUUAAUCUAGAGAUGUAAAUUUCAACUGUAUCAUUGCUGUCUUUCAAAUAAGAGACACUGAACACUACUUUCCUAAUCUAAAUGAAUUCAUGACAAUAAUUAAAGAAGAGGGCCUUGAAAUCUUAUAGAUGGAAAAAAGAAGUUUGGACAUUGAAGAAGCUAUUUACUUCAAAAAUAGGAUUGUUGGGCAAACAGAAAAUUAAGUAACUCAAAUGCUUGGAAUUAGUGAGAAGUAAAUUGGGAAACCUAGUACUAUUAGAAAGGAAAUAUUUUAAGGUUCUUCUCAAAACACUAAGCAUGGAGCGAAGGAUCCCUAUACUAUGAAUAAAUAUGCUGAUGAAAAGGAACAAAAUAUCAUAAAACUUUAGUAAACAAUGAUGAAUUAGAAAUCAAAUAAGAAUGUAUAACAUAUUGAUGGAGUUUAUCUUUAGAAAACAGAAGUAAAUAAAUUGAAGAUUAUGCAUGGAUAAUAAUAGCUUUAAGGUGUUUAAAAUGCAGAUGGCAAUUAUCUCUUGGAAUCUAUAAAUCAAAGAGUCCCAAUGAAUAAUACUGAUGCAUCGGCUGCUCAGUCUAUUGCUAGAACGUCAAAUGUUGAUAGCAUUUAUCGGGCUAUGGACGAGAGUUUUGACCCUUAAGCUUUUACUUUAAGAGAAACUGUAAUGCCAAAGCCCAAAGAAAAAAUAUUCAAGCUUAAAACAUUUUCAAAGACAGUUACUCAGAUUAAAAAAACUAUUUCAAAGAAAUCUGAAAGUAUUUUACUAACAUAAGAUCUUGCAUUGACUUAAUAAAUUGAAGGUAAUCCAUUGUUAAGGGAAUUAGUCACUAAAGAUGCACUAAUUGUUGCAUUAGGAAGUACUACUUUUUAAAAUUUAGAAAAUAAAAUCAGACUCUAGAUGAUGAACAAAAUUGUCUAAUUCAUUCCUAAUCAUGAAUUACCUCUGCUUUACUUAUCAGAGAAUAAGAUACAAGCACUUGAAGAUUCUAUAACAUUCUUUCCAGGACUAUUCAAAUUAACUAAGAGCAUUGUAAUUACAGAACCAUUAACAGACUUUUCUAAUAUGAAUCAGGAUAUUUAGACUUUUGCUUAAGUCUAAUUGGCUUAAACAAAUUAAGCUUAAACCUAAUUUAACACAGAAGUGGCUAAAAUGAUGGAUGAGAUACAGGAAGGAGAAAAGAACUUAGCAAAGAUGUAAGCAUUAAUGGGUGGUGAUCAGAACGAUGAAAAUAAUGAAGAAGAGGAGGAGGGGUUUUAUAAGAAUAGGAAAACGUUAACUAGAAAAAUUUCAAACAAAGUCAAAGAUGCAAUUAUUAUGAGAGAAACCCUUGCUAAAAAUCAAUAGCAACAGAGAAGAUUGGAUAGAUUGAAAGAGGAUUCCUAAUUUGAUUAAAGUGUAAAUAGCUUUCUGGAAAAGGGCAAAAUGGCUGAAAUUAAAACGAAGAAAAAGUAAAAACUAAGAACAAAGAAAAACAAAAACUUAUAUAAUUAUGGAAUAAUGCAUGAUUUCUUCAGCUAUUCAGCAAUGAGUAUCUAAUUCUCUAAAAAAGAAAUAGACUUUGAUUUAACCAAAAUAAAUCAGUCAUUUUCAUUCCAUGAUGGACAAGAAAAUGAGCUCUAGAAAUAGUUAAAGGCUAAUAUAAAUCUAAGCAAUUUAUAUGCUAUUGCUAAAGUAGGCCUAAGUAAUUUGAUCCUUCCAAGUGCUCUUGAUAUUAAACUAUCAAAUUACAACAAUUACUAUUCUUAUAUAAAACUUUGCGAUACUUUCUUUCCUUAACUCGCCAAAUCCUCUCAUACUGUUUUGCUUAUGAGGCCAAUAAUAGUUAAGAAUGGGUUGAAUGAGUUAUUUAUUAACAUUCUAAAGGUAAAUGACUUCACGAUAAUAAAGAGAAAAGUCAGAAUGCUGACUAAAAGUGAAGUAUUAUAUUUGGCUUAGGUAGAGAAAAUAACCAAAGAUAAAGCAGAAACAUAUUAUAAUAUGAUGAUGGACAGUGAUUGUGAGAUAGUCGUUUUAAGUAAGCUUGGAGCUGUUGAAGAUCUUUUGAGCAUUGUAGAUGGUAGCAAGCCCUAUGGUAGAAGAAGAAUACCAUAAUUGUUUGAAGAUUAAACUAGUGUCAGAUCUAAUGUGGAUUCCAUAAAUGGAAUGUUUGAAAUUACACCAUUCACAUCUUUCUCAGAAUUUUUAGACCUUGAGGAUUUUAUAGUAGGUCAUACGAAGCUAGAAAAAUAUAAGAAGCUCUAUAAGGGUGACUCUAAAGGAAAAACCAAUAAUAGAAUGGAUAACUAGCUUUAUUUCUACAAAAUAGAUUAGAUUAGAAAAGAACUAAAUUUAUUUUAAAGAUACUUUAAUAUUUGCGCUCUAGCCUCUCCAUCAUUUUAUGAAGCCUAGAAAUCAAUGUGCAUACUAAUGCCAGAAGUGGCAUCAAUUGAAGAAUCUGUAUUGCUGCUAAAUCCUCUAUACAAUACUUAAUAUGAGCAUGCUGUAAAGUUACUUGAAAGAAUGAAUUUCCUGAUAAUAAGAUAGAAAUUCAUUAAUUUCCAAGCUUAGGAUGUAGAAGACAUAUACAGAGAUAAAUUAUCUUAGAAAUACAAAGAGUCCUCAGCAAAAAUAGCUAAUUCAAUUAACCCAGACUAGAAAAUAAACAAAUUUUAUGAAAAGCAAUCAGACAGAUUAACUGAUUUAUUGUGUGGUUCUUAAGUUCAUGUGUUCCAUAUUUGCAAAAUAGCUGGAGAUCGUGAAAUCAGAGAGCUUUUCAGAGAUUCUCAAAUCGAGUACGACGAUCUCCUUAAGUACAAGCUCAAAGCUACUCCAUUUAAGCCAAACUAAUUCCCCUUACUUUUUCUUUUUAUGGAUACGCCUGUUAUGUUUGAAGAAUCAUUGAAGCUAAUAUAUAAUAAUGGUGAAGUUGAAAUAACGGGAUAAGACUUCCUAAAUGAUAUGAAACCAAAGGAGAAACUUGACAUUCUCAAUAAUGCUCUGAUAACUACUGUUGGUGAUAAAAUCAAGCAUUUAGUUUAUGAUAGACAAGGUAAAGUUUUAAAUGGGUUAAUGGAGGAAGAAAUCAACUAGUAUGGAUCUAUUGAGAGAAUUCCUUAGAUAUUCUAAUUGUUCUCACACCCUAAAGGUAACCUGGCCGUACAUUUUAUGGUUGAAUCUGAAAAUCAUGGACUAUAUGAAAUAAGAUUCUAAAGAUUACCUCAUAAAGGUGAUUAUUACAGCUAAGCAAACGAUCAAUAUAAAAUUAACUUAAACCAGCUUAAGCUUAGAUAUUACACGAAAUUCCAAGGUUUAAACUUUUACUAUAAUGAAGUCAAUAAAAGAUACUACAAUAUAUGUCCAGCAUUUUAUAGAUUCAAGAUAUGCCCAUUAAUUGUACAAAAGGCUAGAGAUAAACCAUUCUUAAAUAGAGUAUAUGAAGUAGAGGAAUAUAUGGGUAAAAUAUUUAUGGAGGAUCUCGGCAAUAUGCAUUAACAUCAUCUGCAGUUCAUUAAGUAGGAAAAAGCAUAUUUAAAUUGGAGAUUUAUUACUGGAAAUUAGUAAAAAUCUCUACCUCCAUAUAUUUGGGGAUUAAGACUUUCAAAACUCUGUAAGCAACUUGAACAAAUAACAGGUCUUGAUAAUUAAUAACUUCAGGGCUCAGGUAAAAUCAAGUAUAAAGAGGGAAUGCUGAGAGGGCAAAUUGAAAAUGAUAAUAAUUAUUAUGAGGAGGACAAGAAAAGAUAUUACUCUUAUUUAGAAAAAUUCAAACAAGGCUGGAGUUAUUAUCUAAGUGUACUCGAGACAACAAUAAUAGAAGAGAAAUUAUAAAUAAUCUUAGAGUCUUUUACUUUCAAGUAUUCAAGAUAGCCACAUAACAUAAUUUUAAUCCCUGAUAGGAUUGAUGAAAUUAAUUUAAGAAUAAGCGAGAAGAUUAAGUUUCUCAUACCAGAAGGUCUAGAUAGAACAAACAAAGAAAAAUUCUUCACUCAUUUAAAGGAGGACACAGUUAAUCCUUAAACUGAAAAGACAAGAAGUAAUGGGGUUUAGAGUAUAAUACAUGCUCUUUAAGUAGCAAAUAUAAAGAAAGAAUUUGAGAAAGAUGCAAAUAGGCAACACUCUAUUCAUAAAGAUGCAGCUAUAGUAGGAGUUGAAAUUGCCAGAAGACCUAAGCAUCAGCUGAUAGCGUCUAUUCUGUAUUUGAUUAACUUCUGGUAUAGAAAAAUUGAGAGAAGAUCAGAGUUGUUUAUGGACUUAGAGAGGAAAUACUUGGACGCUUUGAAUGAUCCAGAAGAGUAUGAGAAGGAUUAUGAUGCAGUUCUAGACAUAUUGGUUCAAAGCAUCACUGAGAAUUACGGAAAUGAUGAGUAUAACCAUGCUUUAGAUAAAGCAAAACUUAAUCAAGAGCAAGAAACAGAGUUUGAGAAAAUGAUGAGAGAAAAACAUGAAAAAGUAGUAAGAAGAAGCGAAAGAAUAUAAUAGAAAGUGUAUGAGUAGGAAAGAGCGAUGAGAACCACAAUGAAGAUAGAAGACUUGCUUCGCACAUAAGUUAACAUGCCUCAACAGGAAUAUGAGAAACAGUAAAGAAUAAUGUUGAAGAAAUUCGCUGAAAGUCAAGGCAAAUAUGAUUCAGAAGGAGAAGGAUUUCUUGAAGUACUUAGAUAGACACAAGCAUACCUCGGACCUUAUUCUAUAAAACUUGCUCAAGAUUACCUUGAUAAGUUUAAAAAGCAAGAAAGGAACAAAUCAGAAAAAAUAUCGUUUGUUAAAAUGGAGUAUUUCUUAUUCGGGGUGUCAGAAACUUACAGAAUAAUAGAGGAAUUAAAAGCAUUAGAAGGAAGAAUGGAGGAACUGCAUAAAGAUCUUGAUAUUGAAAGAAAAAGUGAGGAGAUGAUGAGAGAUAAUUUUAACCAUUAGUACAUUGGCUAGGAUUAAGAGGCUGCUGCAAAAAGAGUCCUGAGAAUUCUUGAAAAAGAAAAUCUUAUCGAAAAAAUAAGCUAUUAGAUCGCAAUGAGAGAAACAGAUCUAGUUUUGUCAUUUAGAGAGCUUAUGAGUUGGGAUUUCUAUGUUCCUGAUUACUACUUUGAUAAAGAGUAGCUUAUUAAGCACAAUAAUACUUUAGCUGAGGUAUAUACAGUGCCAAUGAAGACUUUCUGGAUUCCAGUUACGAUAGAUACAAGAUAUGAAGAAUACUUAACAUCAGAAUAGUAUGCCAAGAGAAUAAUGAAGUUUGAAGAUGAACAUCGUAUUCUGUCUACUGAAUACCUUGAUAAUGUCUUUGAUACAAAACUUGAUUAGAAAGAAGGCACGUUAGUCUCAUAUCUCAGACCUUAUAACAACAAAAAACCAAUGGAUUAUCUUAAAUUCGACCGAUACUAUAAUAUGGGAGAAUACCAUCAAUUUAAAGAAGUUUAAGAGGUAAAGAAUGUAAUUCUUCAUAAAACCACUAAGCAAGAACAUUUCUCCUACGGAGAUAUUUUCAGGUAACAAUAAUCGAAAAAGUGA